AUGCGAGGCCCGGAUCUCGACCGCAUGCAAGUCCACCAGCCAAGCUACCUCGCGCUCAGGAAUGCAGCCUCUGCCGGCUGCCAGCUGUUUUUCGAAGGUCGUUCGACCCUUGAGCGCGUGUCGGAACAGUACCCCGGGAGGCAGAUUUCCCUUGUGGCGUGGGGACGCGAGAGCGACGGUUGGCUGGAUCGGAUACUGGUUACCACUACCGGCGAGAUACCCGAUGGGGAUUCCGAUCAAGAAGAGUCGGGAGCUAUUUCUGAUCCGACUAUGCAUCCCGACUACCAGCUUGCUCUAUCGGGUGUGCUCAAUAUCUUCGCUUAUCCAGGACGACCAUUGCCGCUGACGGCCGGUGACUCGGAUGAAGACUUCGAGUUGGUAAGGCGGUGGCUAGAGGAUUGCCGAUACAGCCAUGAAUCCUGUCGGAAAGCUUCCCUGACACACACACGGCUGCCGACAAGAGUGCUUGACAUUGGCGCAGGAGAUGGCCUUGAAGAGCCGUACCUGCUCGAAACGAGCGGGAUGCAUGGAUGCUAUAUCACACUCAGUCACUGUUGGGGCGGAGAAGUGCCUUUGACGACAACCUCAGCUACGAUCAUACAAAGGAAGCUAUCCAUCCCGCUAUCGUCACUGCCCAAAACCUUCCGGGACGCGGUCUUCAUCUCUCGGAGGUUAGACGUCCGAUAUCUCUGGGUCGACUCGUUGUGUAUCGUACAGGACUCGAGAUCAGACUGGGAGAAGGAAUCAGCACUCAUGGGCGACGUGUACGGGAGGAGCUACCUCACCAUCGCCGCUCGGGGAGCUGCGAAUGCCAACGUCGGGUGCUUUAUACCGAGGAAUGCAGAGCUGCCUCCUUGUCGUCUGGAGUACCGAGACGGCCCGGUCCCAGGAGCGUUUUUUGUGCGCGACCCCUCCUCGAAGAAUGAGCGGAUCGACCAGUCGCCUCUUGACGGAAGAGGCUGGGUGUUCCAAGAGAGAAUACUAUCACCUCGCGUUCUGUACUACGGCUCGCAGCAGCUGUACUGGGAGUGCGCGAGUGCUACUUUACGGCAGGAUGGCAAGUAUCGCGACGUAGAAGGCGAUAAGUUCCGAUCUUAUGACGGGUUCAAGCAAUGCUGGGAUCCCAAUGCCGCUAUCAAGCCUCGGUUGCCGCCGCUCGGAAGCUCGGAGUAUCCCGUCGAAAUGGAUGAUGCAUCUGCGAAGUCCCUCGAGCUCAUGAGUCGUUGGUACCGGAUCGUUGAGCAGUACUCGCGUCGGCAACUCACAUUUGCGUCGGACAGGCUGCCUGCAAUAGCCGGUGUAGCUAAGCAAUUUCAUCGCAGCACGGGUUACGCGUAUGUUGCUGGGCUUUGGAAGGAGGAUCUUGUUGCUGGACUGCUGUGGUAUCGAUCUGGACAUAAAGGCGCAAUCACUUCGUCCCGGCUGCCCACUUGGUCGUGGGCGCGGUUUAGUGGUGGAAUCGGGUUCUGGGGUGAAGGGGGAAGCGGUCUGAAGCUCCUGAAGACCGACUGCUACGUACUCGACCUCUCGUACGAGAUAAUGGACCGCCUUGGAAAUUACGGGGAGGUUUCAAACGCCAGGCUGUUAGUCGAAGGCCGUGUAGUACGUGUAAGAGUCCAGCCAGGGCCACGAGGGGAGUACGAAGACCUGCAACUUCAUACCGCAGACGGGGUUCCUGUUGGCCGGCCCAAAUUUGAUGAGAUGAAGUAUCGUAAAUUGGGAUCUGAGUACUAUUGUCUUCAAGUGCACAAGGGAUAUCGUUCCACAGCUGGACUAUUGCUAGAGGAACUUGAUGGCCAGAGAGGGGAGUAUGGGCGGGUUGGAUAUGUCACUAUUCUGUCCACGGAGAGGCCUAUAUCGGGGUAUCCAGACGGAAGGCUUGCCUUUUCAGAUACCAUCCCACAGGUCCUCACGAUUGUGUAA